AUGAACUAUACAAGGGACUUGGAUGAAGCAUAUGAUGAAGCCUGGGAGGAGGAAAUGGACGAUAGGCGCCCGAUUGUGACCAGCAAUCAUAUGUACAUACUCAAAGAAGGGGUGGCUACCAGCUGCAUGGUCAUGGAUGGAGACGUGGUGCUCACAGACAAAUGGUUUGCUCUUCCUAGUGAUUCUAUUCCGCAUGUUACCCUUUUCGUGGGAUUUGGAUACGAGGCAAGAUCUCUGGGACCUGCAGUAAAGGCAGCAAGUUGCCUACGGUGGAACAAAACCUAUUGUUACAAUGGUGGUUCCACUGGGGAAGCUGCUUUUAUCCAACUCAAGCAGACGCUAGCCCAGGCUGAAGCACUUUCCUUACCUGAUUACACCACGCCAUUCUGUUUGGAUGUUUCUGAGCAGGACGGGUAUGUGCAUUCCAUCCUUUAUCAGAAACAAAAGGGGGAGAGGAGAGUGUUGCACUAUUACAGCGCGAAAUUGGACAACAUUGAGACAGGACAAACUGACUGUGCCAGACAUAUGGCUGCAAUCGCUAAAGCUGUAGGAAAGACAGCUCACAUUGUGAUGAGGCACCCACUGGAAAUCAACACAGAUCAUGGGGUGACCGCCUUUAUAGGCUCAAAACUAUUCACCCUCUCCAGCAAAAGAAAAUCCAGCAUAACAAAGGCCAUUACAGCACGACACAUUACAUAUGCAACAACAGCCACCAACAUGACGGACGGUAUGGGCCUUGGAGAACCACAUGUCUGUGAGGAUAGAGCAGCCAAACAAAUCAAAGUCUGA